CCUUGCUUUUGGAAUCCUAGCACCCAGUGCACGCUGAGGUUGCAGCCUUUGGGCCCUCCUGUGCCAGCAUGCUCCGAUGCUUAGGUUAUGUAUAUUUUGUGGGAAGUGAGCACAAGACGGAGAGAUGGCAUGCCCCGGAUGCCAGAAGGGCUGUGCAAGCCUGCUGCUGAGAGCACAUCCUGUUUGUCGGGGCUUUGGGGUAGGAGACCUGGUGACACAGUAGCCUUCAGGCAGAGCUGCUCGGGAUGUGCAGAAAGUGUGGCUGCAGGUUUUGUCCGGGGGGGACAUCUGAGCUAUUUCUCCGGGGCUGGCUGUGUUUCAGAGCCUGGACAAGUGGCUGUUGAAUUUUGCACGGGCUGCCAGGAUUUUGUGGAAGUAUAAUACUUUGUCAUUAUGAGAUGUCGUCUCUCGGUACCUCCUUUGUGCAAAUUAAAUUUGAUGACUUGCAGUUUUUCGAAAACUGCGGCGGAGGAAGUUUUGGGAGUGUCUAUCGAGCCAAAUGGAUAUCACAGGACAAGGAGGUGGCUGUGAAGAAGCUACUCAAAAUAGAGAAAGAGGCAGAAAUACUCAGUGUCCUCAGUCACAGAAACAUCAUCCAGUUUUAUGGAGUAAUUCUUGAACCUCCCAACUAUGGUAUCGUCACAGAAUAUGCUUCUCUGGGAUCACUCUAUGAUUACAUUAACAGUAACAGAAGUGAAGAGAUGGACAUGGAUCACAUUAUGACCUGGGCCACUGAUGUAGCCAAAGGAAUGCACUAUUUACACAUGGAGGCUCCUGUCAAGGUGAUUCACAGAGAUCUCAAGUCAAGAAAUGUUGUUAUAGCUGCUGAUGGGGUGUUGAAGAUCUGCGACUUUGGCGCCUCUCGGUUCCACAACCAUACAACACACAUGUCCUUGGUGGGAACUUUCCCAUGGAUGGCACCAGAAGUUAUCCAAAGUCUCCCUGUGUCUGAAACUUGUGACACAUAUUCCUAUGGUGUGGUUCUCUGGGAGAUGCUAACAAGGGAGGUCCCCUUUAAAGGUUUGGAAGGAUUACAAGUAGCUUGGCUUGUAGUGGAAAAAAACGAGAGAUUAACCAUUCCAAGCAGUUGCCCCAGGAGUUUUGCUGAACUGUUACAUCAGUGUUGGGAAGCUGAUCCCAAGAAACGGCCAUCUUUCAAGCAGAUCAUUUCAAUUCUGGAGUCCAUGUCGAAUGACACGAACCUUCCUGACCAGUGUAACUCAUUCCUGCACAACAAGGCAGAGUGGAGGUGUGAAAUCGAAGCAACUCUUGAGAGGCUGAAGAAACUAGAACGUGACCUCAGCUUUAAAGAGCAGGAGCUCAAAGAACGAGAAAGGCGUCUGAAGAUGUGGGAGCAAAAGCUGACGGAGCAGUCCAACACCCCGCUUCUCUUGCCUCUUGCUGCAAGAAUGUCUGAGGAGUCUUACUUUGAAUCUAAGACAGAGGAGUCAAACAGUGCAGAGAUGUCAUGUCAGAUCACAGCAACGAGUAACGGGGAGGGCCAUGGCAUGAACCAAAGUCUGCAGGCCAUGAUGCUGAUGGGCUUUGGGGAUAUCUUCUCAAUGAACAAAGCAGGAGCUGUGCUGCAUUCUGGGAUGCAGAUAAACAUGCAAGCCAAGCAGAAUUCUUCCAAAACCACAUCUAAGAGAAGGGGGAAGAAGGUCAACAUGGCCCUGGGGUUCAGUGAUUUUGACUUGUCAGAAGGUGACGAUGACGAUGACGAUGAUGAGGAUGAGGAUGGUGAUGAGGAUAAUGACGUGGAUAAUAAUAGUGAAUGAAAGCACAAAGCAAAGUAAUACAAUUGAAAAUGUUUGGGAAAACAAAAGGAACUUGUUAUCUCAGUCUGUACAAAAACCAGUAAGGAGGUAGAAACCCAAGCACUGCAUUUUUAGGCCAAUCACAUUUAUACAACAGUCAUUUCUUUACGAUUUUACUUUUGAUUUGUCUUUGCUUAUAGUAAAAGGGGGGAAGGGAAGUAAACCCAAAAGGUCUAGUUCAUGAAUCAGCAAAUGUGGUGCCUGAUUAUAGAAAUUUGUGAUUCUAUAUGCAAUAUCGUGUUUUUUAACUAAUGACAUUUCUGGCUUUUUUUUUAAUGAAUAUAGUUUGUGUUUGAUUUCAUUUGACUUAAUUUCAUUUGAGCAAUCUUCAGUUGCUUUAAAAAAAUAUGUAGAUUUUGAACAAGGACUCAACUCCUAAUUCUUCUUUGACUUUGGGUUUUCUUGUAAGACACUACUUUUUUUUUUUUUUUUAAUGGCAAUGUACCACACUGUCAGAGAAGAUUGUGGCUACAAAACCCAACAAAAAUACUGAAAUGAAAGGCGGUUAUAGCAAAACUUCUUUAGAAAUACCUAAGUGCUAAGUGUAUUUUUAAUACAUAAUAGCACAACUACUGAAAGUAAAACUCAAGAGUUGUUCUCAAAAAGUGCAUUUACAGGAGAAAUACUCUCAUUUGAAACAAACAACAGAUGUUGAAGGCUUUCAUACCAAUGCUCGCCCUAGAAGCUUCUUCACGACAAACUUCACCUAAGGCUUAGCUUAUACUUUAUACAAAGAGAAAUAUAUGGUCUUAAAGGUAUACUCCCAGGCAGUGUGAGUGUUAAUACAGGGCAGGAAGGGUAUAUGUAUGUGUGUUUGUUGUCCAGAGGGGCAUGAGAAUCCUGGAUUCUAAAUACAUGUAAAGAUAGGAGUUCCCAUCCUGGCUCAGCAGAAACGAAUCUGACUAGCAUCCAUGAGGACGCAGAUUCAAUCCCUGGCCUCGCCCAGUGGGUUAAGGAUCUGGCAUUGCCAUGAGCUGUGGUGUAGGUCACAGACUCAGCUCUGAUCUGGCAUUGUUGUGGCUGUGGAGUAGGCCAGCAGCUACAGCCGAGUCUAACCUAGAUAAGCUAUCCUUACUUAGGCACAAGUACAGGAUGAAGGGUCCCUUUUAUAUUAGAUCUGGCCUUCCAGGCGUGUCUUUUUUUUUAACCCUGACUCAGCCACGCUGGUGUGAAAGAGAAGUGAAUGUAGGUGCUGCUCUGAAAACCUAGCUAGCCAGAGAGAUAUCCUCAGAAUGUUAUCACAGAUUUGUCAGAGCUUGUUUAAACUAUAAAACACUUGUAGUUAUAUGUAUACAGAAAGGCAAAAGAACAAAGACUUUUUUCUACCCUAAAUUAGAAAGCAGUGCCAUUCAUUUGACUGUUAAACCAAAGUACUUUUGGUGGUUCUUUUUACAGAAGAUUUAAGAAAGAGUAUCAUCACUGACAUUAUCUAAUACUAUUUCCAAGUUUAUUUGAUCAUAAAAACUUCUUAGAAUUUGAAGCAUGACAUGCUUCCAACCCUGUUAAGGGCAAAAAAUACCAUAAAAUGGUCACUACACCGUGCCAGCUUUAUUUGGAGAAAAAUAACUUAUAAAAUAUUCUGGGUGUGAAAUGUAGACCAGUCUAUAUUGAAUAGUGAUAAAGAGAAGGAUCUGAAGUCAGAGCAUGAUUCACAAUUGCCGUGCAAUCUUGAGCAAGUUAUUUAACUUUUGUGUCCCUUUGCUCAUCUUGAACAUGAGAAUGAUAAUACUACCUACUUCAAAGGAUUCUUGUGAGGAUUAAGUGAAAUGAUACAUGUUAAGCAUUUAACACAGUACCAGGCCCAUGGUAAGUGGUCAGCUAGUGUUAGCUACUCUUAACUAUGCCAGGGAAAAUACACUGGGAAAUAAGUGGUUUCCAUAACCUGGAAAACUAAACUAUCAAUUUCAAGUGCUAUUUGUUGGGUAGGAUAGAGUGAAAAUUAAAGUGAAUAGCUCUCAGGAAAGAUGAAGAGAACAUCUUUAGAAUGGAAGCUAUAUAAGCAGAUCUAUUCUGUCAUUCUGUGAAGACCAUGCUAGUGGCAAGGUUUGCUUAGUCUGAAGUAUUUGCCAGCCUUGCCACCACCCAUGGUCCAGAAAAACACUCUGCCUAGAAGAUGGGUUCCUCUCAUACCCAAUCGGAUAUUUUUCUUGUGUCUAUGCAAACAUAGAUACAUACACACCACAAUAUAGUGCUGAUGACAAACAGGUGCAAACAUAAAUAGGCAUCCUGUCGGUGCUCAGACCUAGAGGAGUCUGGCCUGAUUCAAGCUGAGCCACUCAAACAGAAGAUCUCGGAGUGAAGCAGAAGGGAUGGCCUUCGGCUCUUGCCUUCCCAGCAUGCCAUGGGGCUCUGCAGCCAUGCAACCUGAAAGAGCACCAAAGACCAGAUGGUUCAAAGCCUCUUGUAUCUCAUCUGUUCAGGCCAAGGUCAAGUCAGCCAUCCCACCAGUACUCAUUGAGCCCCUCCUCUGUCCCCAUUACCAUUCUAGGGAGCAGCUAGAUGAAAAUCUUUACACUCAUGGAGCUUCCAUGCUAGGGAGCGGAGAUGGACAAUAAACAGACCAAAUGCAUCAUACAGUAACACUGGAUAAGGGCACGUGGGGAAACCAGCGGGGAGGGAGGAUGAGGUCCAUGCUGUGCUGUGAACUUUAAGGUGUGGUCAGGAAAGGCCUCACUGCUAAUGGAAUUUCUAUGGGCUAAUUUUGGGAUCUGUGUGCCUUGUGUGAGAAUGUGUGCCCUGGCUCUCAUUUGAGAGUAACCAGCAAUAAAUUUAGAACAUACGAAAUGCAUGGGGUGGAUUUUUUUUUAAAAAGUACAUGAAAUAAAAAUUUAUAAUAAUUAAAUCUACCAUGAUUAUACCUAAGGUUUUGGUGCCUUAAAAACAUGAAAGCAGCCAAAGAGGGCCAAAAGAGAAAGGUAAUAGCCAAGCCCAAGGUUUACUGUCAUUUCAAGUAGUAAUUCUCUAAUCUCUCAACUGCUGCUAUUUUCCUAACUGAUAUUCCAGAGAUGAUCAGAGCUCAAUACCCUACCAUCAGGAAACUGCAGAGCCUUCAGAUACAGCAGAUUUGAUAACCUCAGUGAAAAGCUUGAAAUGUUCUCUGCCUAGAACUGGGCUCCAGAUAAUUACCAUAUGGCCUGGUCUGUUUUACUUUCUCUUCCAAAUCAAAAUGUCUUUCUAGGGUUCGGAACACUCCUGCAUUCUGAGUCAUGAGCAGAAUCUUAAAACGGUCUCACUCUGUCUGUGAAGAUGAUUUAAAAGACUUCCGACUAUAUUAUUAGCCUUAUUAAUUUUAAAAAGAAAUACAUAUUAUCCAUGUACAGAAUGUCUAAUCAUGUUAAUUGUGCAGCUUUUAAUUCAUUUUUUCAGCUCAGUUUUUGAAAGGGCAGAUUAUUGGUGGUGGAUGUAUUUCCAAUGACUUGACUCACAAAAAUGUACAUUUAUAAAGUGAAGAGUUAAAGAAACACAUUCAUAAUGAGAAUUGAGACUCUAAAUUGUGGUAAAUAUUAUCGGAGCCAUACAACUGAAACUGUAACUACUCUUCCAUCUUUUCUCCUUUACUCAUAAAGUUGAUCAUGUAGAACUUGAUGACACCCUCUUGGUGGUUCUCAACCACAAUAGUGCUGUCACCAAAUGGUGGUUGGUGAUGCUAGGGCAUAGUUUUGGUUGUCACGUGACUGGGGGUACAUUUAGUGCCCAGUGUCCAAAGUGGUAACAUCCCUUGGCCCAGGGACAGUCCCACCCUAUAAAGAAUUCCAUCCAAAAUACCCAUAGGAUCGUCCCUUCCUCCACUGAGAAACUUAGCUAAACCUGGCAGUUUUAGAAUUCCACAUCUUACUUUUUCUCCCCGACAUGAACUUACCCAAGUCAAAAGAUGCAUUUGCAGAAUUACAGCCACUUACACAUUCUGAAUUUGGUAGAUUUGUGCCACUUAUCUUAAGGCCUCUCUUGUGGAAAUGGUUUUUUUCCCCUUAAGCACACUGGUGGAAACUUGAUCAAACAGCUCAAUUUAGCGGGAGAGGGGAGGAUGUCACUCUCUCUUUGCCCUGAUUCCACUAUAAAUUUUUAAAAAUAUCACUGAAGUACCUAUAAUUCUGCAAAGUAGGCAGGAUAAUUUAAAAGGACCCGUUUCUGAACAGUCUUUUGAUGUAAGCAAGAUCACAUUUUAAUAUUUUGCAUAAAUAAGCAAUGGGAAGAGGUGGGAGGCACAGAGCACACUUGUUUUCAAUGCUCUGGAGAUGUUGAGGGUCCAUUUUCAGCCAGUAGUUUUAUUUAUUUAUGUUUUCAGCCAAUGAUCCUAAUAUGCAGUGGGUCUGUUAGCCUUUACGACCACUUGGGGAAUUCCAACUUGAUCCCAGGGAAAACCGAGGAAUUGGGGUGGGGCGCGCAGUUUAGAAGAGAUCAGAAAUGAUGUCUCAUGGCGCUACAAUGUACACAACUGAAUUUUUCGGAGUCUCCAUUGGAGUGGUCAGAAUUUCAUGAAAGGUAAUUUUAAAACAUUCUGAGUUAAAUCUCGAUCCUUUUUUAAUUUUUUUUUUGAUACACUAGACUUGUUGCUGCCUUUGAAACUAGCAGAGUGUCACUCUGCCACAUGCAUCAUAGAGCAUAAUUUUUCUAUAAUCAGGUGCCUUUUGCUGCUUUGGGGUAAGACUGUUUUCCUGUUUAUAUUAAGCGUUGCCAGGGAGAAGCAUUGGUUCUGUUCUUUCAGUGGUGGCAUAGCCUGCUAGCCCUGGAUGUGGCUUCCCUGAUCAGAAACAAGUGUCCACCAGGACACCUGGGGGACUAGCCCCGUUUCCUCGGCCUCCAGCUUAGUUUGCGCUCCAUAGCCUGUGAGGAGCUUUCUGGUGUGGGAUUAUUUACUUCAAACCUAGAGUUUCGUGCACCUACAUUAACUAUUUUAUAUCAUGUGCAGAAUAACAGAUCUUUUAAUGUCAGAUACUCUAUACACUGCACAUAUUGCUUUUGCACUGUUUUAAAGAUUUUGUACUAAAUGAUAGAAAUUAUUUAUAUUCUUUGAGUGUGAGCUUUGAAUAGAUGGCGUUAUCACUUUAUUGUUUAAAAAAAAAUGGUUUUCUCAAUUAUUCUAUAGCAAUGUUAUUCUGAGCAAGUCCUAUGCCAAAAAUCUUGUAUCGUGUUUGUAUGGAAGAUUAAAAUUUUACUUAUGUGUGGUAAGACUACUGAGUUACUGACUUCAUGGUUGGAAUUUGAUAUUCCAGCCCAAAGUCCACAAUGUAUCCAGAAAUCCAAGUUGGUGUCAUACAUUUUACCUUGAUGUGAACUUCUCUUUGCUUUCCUUUGUUUUAAGACUCCAUUUUGCAAUAAACGUUUUGACAGU